AAAAAACAAGAAGAAAGUGCCUUAAACCUUUUGCUAGCGGGUACCAGCAUAAAUUCAGAAAAGAGGAUAAUCCAUCUCAUUUACACCAGAGGAAGAGAGGAAUGCAAUAAACAAGCCCUAGCAAAACCAUGGCAUCAUUAUCUUUUCCUCCAAAGCCCCAUCUUCAUCCAUUCCUCCAAUCUUCUUCUUCUUCACUCUCCCAGUUACCUCCAUCUCUUAAACCCUUCAUUCCCAAACCCCAGAAGGCCCCUAAAAAAACUCUCUCAAUCUCAAUUUCUUGUACUGCUCCUACUACAACCAAAUCAAAAAUCAUAAAAAACCCAUCUUUAGACAAACAAGUAACAAAACAAAACAAAAUCAGAUUCGUUCAGAAACUCAAAACCCUAAUCUUAUCAAAACCCCAACACUACAUUCAACUCCAAAUCUUGUCAAAAUGCCGUUCAUACUUAGCAGUACCCAAACCAAGAUCACUCCUUUCCAUGAUUCAUAGGUACCCAACAAUUUUCCAAACAUUUACAAUCCCAUCUUCAUCAACACAUCAAGACCUUGUUUGUAUUCGUCUCACUCCAAAAGCAAAAGCCUUAGCUUUACAAGAAUUAUCCUUAAAAUCUGAAAUUUCUACCUCUUUAGCUAUCAAAUUACAGAAACUACUUAUGUUAUCAUCUCACCAUAGAUUGUUAUUGUCUAAGCUUGUUCAUCUUGGUCCAGACCUUGGGCUUCCACCUAAUUUUCGGUCUCGGCUGUGUAAUAGUUAUCCGGAUCGAUUCAAGACUGUGGAUACGUCGUAUGGUCGUGCACUUGAGCUUGUUUCAUGGGAUCCUGAGCUUGCAAUUCCGAUGCCAUUGCGGAAUCAGAAUUCCCCGGAGUUGAUUGUUGAAAGGCCGCUGAAGUUUAAGCAUUUAAAAUUGAGGAAAGGGUUGAAUUUGAAGAGGAAACAUCGAGAUUUUCUGAUAAAGUUUGGUGAAUUACCAGAGGUUUCGCCGUAUAAUGAAGUAGUGGGAGAGAUUGGGAAUGGGUUGAAGCCGCAUUGGAUUGAAGCAGAGAAGAGGAGCUGUGCGCUGGUGAGGGAGGUUUUAGGAAUGACAGUAGAGAAGAGAACGUUGGUUGAUCAUUUGACUCAUUUUAGGAAGGAAUUUGGUUUGUCGAAUAAGAUGAGGGGAAUGUUAAUAAGACAUCCAGAGUUGUUUUAUGUGAGUAUAAAGGGGCAGAGAGAUUCUGUGUUUUUGGUAGAAAGUUAUGAUGAUGAAGGGAAGAUAAUAGAGAAGGAUGAAUUGUUGGGGUUUAGAGAUAAGCUAAUUGAGUUAGUAAGAGAAGGGAAGAAAAUGAGGAGAGAAAGAAGGAAGAAAGCUUGUGGUGUUGAUUAUCUUGAAGAUGAUGACGAUGUUGAAAAUGGUGAAGAUGUUGCAGAAGAAGAAGAAUUUGAUGACGAUAAUGAGGAUGGGUUUGAGGAUUUGUUUGUGGAAGAUGAAUGGGAAGAUUAUGGUGUUGAAGAGAAUGAUGUACUUGGGUUUGAUAGUGGUGUUGAAGGGAAGUUUUGGACAAGUGAAGCUGCAUCUGCUAAGGGUGAGAGUAGAAUUGAAAUGUGGUAAUCGAUACUGACAUACUGUGUUGCGCUUCUCUGGAGCCUGAAUGAGACUUCUGCAACUUCUUUGGCUAGACAAAAGGGUGUUACCUAUACUACCACUGCAACUAGCUUCGGGUAGAUGCAAGGGGAUAUGAUACUGUCACUGCUUAGGCUACAGGCAAGGGCAUAUCAAUACUGCCUCCGCUUGGCUAAACGAGAGGACUGUCACUGCUGCUGCUUUGGCUAGACGCGAGGGCAUUCCAAUACUGUAACUGCCACCCUUUGGCUAGACACAAGGGUGUAUGUUGUUGUUAAAUGUAUCUGUAACUUUUCUCCAAAACAAGAAAUACAGACAUAUUUCUAGAUA